CAUGACUCAUCUAAUUGUACCUUUUUUUUAAAUUUAUAAGCCAUUCCUUACGAUUAUUUUGUCUUGCGAUGUCUUAAUAGAUCAGUAUUUCUUUGAUAAAAUUUUUGCACGGAUGAUACUUUACCAACAUUUGUUAAAUGUAUUGUCUGCAAAAUAAUGUUUUUAUAUUUAAUCACUUUCUUCUUCAUAUUAUUCACAGGCACUUUUCAUUCCCUACCAAUAUAAAUAUUCAACGAAUUCAAAACCCCAAAAAAGUCGGAUUAAAAAAAAAUAAACACGAAUACAAUUUUUAUAACGAUUUUCAAUCAUUUUCGCAAUAAUUCCUGCAUAUUGAUAUAAUGUUGAUGAUCUUCGCGCAUAUACAGGUAUCGUUGAGUCGCAUGCGCCAUAGUCUACGAACACGUAUCUUCAAAUUGUACAGUAACGUCAAAUCCGCGGUAGAAGAUUGUGCGAAUUGCAUAGAGUUUCCCACGACCCUUAAGUGUGCAAUACAAAUGACAUCCAUUCGAAUAUACAAUUAAUUAUACUUCAGCUUCCUCUUCUUUCGGAAAGUAACAGUACUCAUUCUUUGCUGUAGACGUCCCCGCCUAAGAUGUCCUUGUUUGCCUGUUGCGUUCGCCGGAGGAAUAGGCGAUCGGAAGAGGUGACCCUGCAGGAAAUGAUGGAGGCCCCUGAGAUCUCUUGGGAAAAUACACUUGGUGCCCCAGGUGGUGUGCCGUUUGACCACGAGACUAAAGAACUUCUCAAAAAAUGUCUAGAUGUCUCACAGCCUUUACCAACGACCUCAUUAGAAAUUAUCAAGAGAAGCGAAUCGUUUCCUCUUAAGUUUCCGAUCAAUACCGUACGAUGUGCAGCACUCAAAGACAGAGGAAUCAGCGAAGACGUUCUGGAUCUUAAUGCCAAUUCCGUAUAUCCAUUAAUUCACGAGGCAAUGUUACCCCUGAUCGCUGGUUGGUUAAAAUACAAAAGAGAAUAUGGCAGCGCGGUUGAGAAAGCAAUGUACAAGGAUAUGGGAUUGAUACAUCUGAUUCAACGUCUUCUUGAAAAAAGGGCUGCAUGUUUUUACGGUGCUGAGGACCGUUAUAAAUUAAUAGACAAUAAGACCGGUGUACAGGGAUGGGAAAGUGUGGGUACGGAUCAUGAAACAGAGCCACUGCUCUUGGCCAAGUGCUUGUCUUACGACGAGAUCAAACUAUCUGCCAUGAUGAUUGUUUCGUCACAUACGGAAUUCAUAAAUGAUGGUUCGCGCGACAACAGAGGAAUCGUUACCGAUGACCCUGACUCUGUUCAACCCAGAGGAGUCAUUAUGGGCGUCGUGGGAACCAGGUUUGAACGAGCAGGUGUCAUGGAGUCACAGGACAUUCUUGUGACGCAUUUACAAAAUAAUAUGGAUAAUGGAUAUGGACCAGGCAUUGAAGGAACGUCGGAAGAGAAACGUGGUCUGCGUGUUGUCUGGGCUCGUUUCUAUGGAGAAGAAUAUCUGCCACUUUAUGAACAAGUCGUUAAGCGUGUCAAAUCAAAAGAUAACCGAAGAUAUCUACCUCUUACUGGCCACAGUAUCUUUGAUAUUGAGAAUUACAUGAAGAGGACACUUUUAUCGGUAGAGAUGAUACUACUUGAAGCGAAUACUAGAGCGGAGAAACAAAAUACUACAGCUUUUUUGCACGUUGUGGGACUCGGCCUGGGAGUCUGGAGAAUCAUUCAGGAUCAAGAAAUGUACUUCCUGAAGACUUUCGAAAUCGCUAUAAGGAAAAUGAAUAAAAAGUUAAAGUACGUGUCAGAUAUAAUGUUCGCGUACUUUAGGCAACAAAAAUGCGGAGAUGCAGGAAAUGGAGAUUAUCUGGGGGAUAUAAAAAUUCAUUUUGCGCUAAGAGAACCACACAGUAGGCUCUUGCGACCAGCUGACUCGAACAAAUUACUGGUGGUGACUUACGCCUGGGACGGAAACGCAUUGCCAGGAAAUGAAUUCUGGGAUGGUUUCUUGGCUGCAAGUGGAGAUCCAGCCGCUGCUUGCAGUACUCAAAUAACGGAAUUACACACUGCGAAAAUAAAUCCACGUACAGCUGGUUCCAGUUUGCACGUGGCAUCUCCUGAACACGGCAUCUUACAUAUAGCAGAUUACGCGAGAUUACACCUUGCUUAGGACAGGAUUGGCCCGCUGGGCACAGGUCAACGAAGACCAUCAAGAUCACCUCGAAGUCAAAGAAGUCGCAGCGCCGAUGUAGAUUGUUUAAAAAAGUACACUGAGCGACGAGUAGAGGAAAGAAGGCACACAGAAG